AUGGCUUACCGUGCUCGCCACAUGCAACUUCGCACGCCCAUGCCCCGGGGGGGUAGGCUAUUCUACAUGCACCCGCCCAUGACGUUUAUAAAGAUGGAGGCUAGUCUCGUGUGGUUUUCUCGAUUCGAGACCCUCAAGAUACUUUCACACGGCCAACUAAACCACCCUCAAUCCCAUCCCAUGAACCAUAAAGGCUAGAAGUCUCCUUCAAGACAAAAACCGAACCACCCAAUUCCCGAUAUCCCCAUCAUGUCCUCCUCGGGCAAACGCAUCGUCUUCACAGGCGGUUCAGGAAAAGCCGGACGCCAUGUAAUCCCCUACCUCCUCCAGCAAGGCUACUCAGUCCUCAACCUCGACCUAAUCGACUUUCCCGACCCGGACGCCGGCGUCUUCACCCUAAAAACCGACCUCACAGACAGCGGUCAAGUCUUCAACGCCCUAACCACACACUUCAACUUCGCCGGCUACGAAGCACCACACGUCCCAGGCCCGCCCGACGCCGUCAUCCACUUUGCCGCUUACGCCCGCAACAUGCUCGUGCCCGACAAUGAGUGCUACGCCGGCAACGUGCGCUCAACCUACAACGUCAUCGAAGCAGCCUGCAAACUCGGAGUCCGCAAGAUCAUCAUCGCCAGCAGCGAAACAACCUACGAAGUCUGUUUCGGCCAGGGCAACCUCGACUACACCGCCUUCCCCUUGGUCGAAGACGCAGACGUAAACCCGAUGGAUACCUACGCCAUCUCCAAGCUCUGCGGCGAACGUGUAGCCCGCGGUUUCGCCCGCCGCUUCGACGCAGACAUCUACGCCCUGCGCAUCGGCAAUGUCAUCGAGCCCCACGAGUACGCCCGCGACUUUCCAAAAUACAUCCAAAACCCUGAGACGCGCAAGCGCAACGCCUGGGCUUACAUUGAUGCCCGUGAUCUCGGCCAGAUUUGCCAUUUGUGCGUGCAGAAAGAUGGGCUGGGGUUCCAGAUUUUCAACGCGACAAAUGAUACUAUUACCGCUACCUUUCCCACGAAACAAUUUCUCGAGCAGUAUGCGCCAAACACGCCUAUUACACGCGAGAUGGGCGAGUGGGAGGCGCCGUUGAGUAAUCGGAAAAUUAGGGAAGUGUUGGGUUUCAAGGAGGAACAUGACUGGCGCAAGUAUUAUAAUCCUGACCAUUAAGAGGUCUUCAUGAGAGGAGGGGGAAGAAAGUGAAUGAAUAGAGAAAUUAGAGGUACGACAUUUCCCGUAUUAUCAGAUCUUUAGUUGAAGAUACGAUCCUUCACUGUAGGCUAUUCGAGAAAUCUGCCGUACCUAUUUGCAAUGGUACUGCACGAAGUGUUUAUACCGUACUAUGUAUACAUCUACAU